AUGUCUUCCCCUCGCGAUCAACUUUUACAAACCUUAGCAGAAGCGACCUCACAGCAACCAGAACGUAUAAAACUUGCCGAGGUACAACUUAAACAGUGGGAAGUAGUUCCAGAGUUUUAUAUUACGUUAUUGGAAAUUAUCAAUGACAAGUCCGUUGAUGUGAAUAUCCGAUUUUUUGGAGUUAUAUUUUUCAAAAAUGGUGUCGAUAAAUACUGGCGUAAAACAGCGAAAAGUACCAUCAACCCCGAGGAGAAAGCGAAGAUUAGAAGCCAACUUUUGUCUUUUAUGGACGAAAGCCAUAAUCAGCUUGCAACCCAAAGUGCAGUUUUAGUAUCUAAAAUUGCCCGCAUUGAUUUUCCUAACGAAUGGCCAGAUCUACUUCAAAAUUUGUUAUCCAUAAUUCAUUCAACAAUGAAUGUUAAUUCAGCAAUCUUGAUACAAAAGAGAGCAAUUUUAACAUUACAUUUAGUAGUGAAAGCGUUAUGUUCGAAAACAUUCGGACCAGAUCGGAAAAUGUUCGAACAGAUUGCGCCAGAAUUACUUCGUAAUGUGGCUAGCAUUUACGUGGAGCACACCAAUCGAUUCUUCAAUAUGAUUUCAACUUCUAAUGAUAUUGUAAAUGCAACGGAUUUAGAAACGUCACUAAUUGCGCUGAAAUCUAUCAGACGUUUGAUUGUUCAUGGUUUUCAAGACAUUAGUAAAGUUGAUGAGACCAAGGCAUUCUUUGUUUUAGCAUUUGAUCAUUUACAAAAAUUUUAUACUUUAAGAAAUUCAUCUCAAGAUACAUCCUCUCCGAUUUUUGAACUUUUAGAUUCCAAAGUUAAUUUAAUUGGGAAAUUUUAUAUUGAGUUACAAAAAUUGCGUCCAAUUUCAUUUAUAAUGACUCCAGGAUCUAGGGAUGUAAUUCAUUAUUAUUGGCAAUUGCUCGUCAUGCAUAAAAUGGCGACCCAACCGUAUGGUACAGAAAAGAUUUUAAUUCAAGCCUUAUUGUUAUUGAAAGGCAUCAUAAGGAAGUCUAGUUAUAAUCAAGAUAUCAAAGAAAGCGAAGAUCUGCGUAUUUCUGAUGCGAUGAAAAUAUUAGAGGAACAAAUAUUGACACAAAGCUUCGUCGAAUCAUUUGCCGAAUUAUUAAUAUCAAGUUAUCUAAUUUUGAGAAAAGAAGAUUUGGUAAUGUGGGAAGAAGAUCCCGAAGGCUGGGUUAAUUUUGAUGAGAUUGAUCAUUGGGAAUAUCAGAUAAGACCCUGUGCCGAAAAAGUAUUUACAGAUUUAAUCACCCAAUGUCGCGACCUUCUGUCACCAAAAAUUUUGAAAUUGUUGGAAAAUGCCGCAUUGACUCAAUCAGAUAAUUUGUUAGUUAAAGACGCUAUUUAUUGUGCAGUUGGAUUAGGUUCACAUGAAUUAUAUGAUGUGCUUGAUUUCGAUUCUUGGCUUGUUAAUAAUUUGUUGAUUGAAGCAGCAAAUAAUGAUCCUAGGCAAGAUUGGAUUGAUUAUAUUUUCAUACGUGUAGAUGAGUGGGAUUUUGAUUCAGACGGAUUUGUUCCAUAUCUUGAUCGUGCAAUCACAUUAUUAACGCGUUUAAUUGGAGAGGUGGAACAAUUUGAAAGCCGCUUGAAGAUUUUGAACUGCUUAUCCCUAAUAGUGGAAAGAAUGGAUUCACAGAUUGCACCCUUUUCUGAGAAAAUUACAAACUUAUUACCAACAUUGUGGCAAGUUGCUCAAAGCGAAUAUUUAUUCAAACCAGCUAUCCUUGUGAUAUUAACCAAACUUGUUCAGGCUUUGUGGGAGCAGUCUGUUAAUCUUCAUGAGUUUAUAAUACCAAUCAUUCAAUACAGCGUUAGUCCAAACACUGAAGAACACGUAUACCUUUUAGAAGACGGCUUGGACCUUUGGUUGGCAAUUCUUGAAAAUACCGUUGAAUGCACACCACUACUAUUUAAUCUCGUCCCCGCUGCUAUUGGGUUAUUGGAAUUUGGGUCUGAAACACUCAAGAGAGUACUUAGAAUUAUAGAAAGUUAUAUUCUUUUGGUACCUGAAAUGAUUGUACAGUCAUAUUCAAUUCCUAUCAUGGACGCAUUUACUCGAUUAUUCGGGGACCUAAGACCUGAAGCAUGUCGUGCUAUCAUUUAUGUUAUUGAUGUUACUUUACAAGCUUGUCCAUUUGGAUUAUUGAAAGAAUCGAUUAUUAGCACGGGACUUCUCGGAAAAUUACUCAAUACUAUAAUUUCUGUUAAUGAGGAAAAUCCUUACGUUCUUGUAAGUUAUGUCUCAAUAUUAGCUAGGAUUAUUAUUAAUGAUCCAGUAUUUUUUUUACAUUUCAUCACAAUCGCCAGUCAACAAUAUAAUAUUCAACAAGAAGAUUUAUUAAAGAAAGUCUUGGAAACAUGGUUAGAUAAGUUUGAUAAUAUUGGACAUCCGAAACAACGGAAAUUGAGUGCAAUGGCUUUUGCUACAUUGAUCGCUACAACAAAUUCCACCAUUUUAGGCUUCUUAGCCCAAUUUAUUGGAGUUUGGUGUGAUGUAUUGAGCGAAGUUAAAGAGUCCGGUGGUGGAGACGCAUUAGUUUAUUGGCAAGAAGAAUAUGUGGGAAAAAAUGAAAUUGAUGAUAGUGAUGCAUCACCUGAAACUAAACGUAAACGGGCUUUAUUACAACGAGAUCCUAUUCAUACUACCAAUCUAAUUCAUUAUAUCAAUUUAAAGAUUGGUGAGUGCGAAGCUCUUAAUGGGGGGCCUGAAAUGUUUAGACAAAAAUAUUUAAGUCGAGUUGAUAAUACUUUAUUAGAUCAAUUAAAAGGAUUAAUGAAUGUUUAA